AUGGGUUUGCCCGCUUUGUUCGCUGGAUGUCUAGUAUUCGGCGAUGAGUCUUUGCUGGUGGACGACACUUGCACGAACUCCGAAGAGGGUGACUGCAGUUUGUCUCUGAGACAGCUACGCCUACACAAAGCUCAAGAACAAGCAGAGUCGGUUCAUUCAGAGCCGCAGUCUAUUGAGCCAGUAUCUUUCGUACUUCCCUGCACAGAGCCAAGUGAAUUGGAGGGCGUUCAGCUCUCUGAAAUGAAGGCAGAGGAAGAAAAGGAAGAAAAGGAGCAGGAAGAGAUGGACGAAUUUGCCAAGUAUAGGGGUGAUGAUUGUUUCCAGCAGCAUGUCUACUGGCGAGAAAAGAACAAUGCCAUCACAAUGCCGGGCACCCAUCGGACACGGCAAUCCAGUCCACAGCACUGCCAAGAGCUGUGUGCCAAGAUGACUGGUUGUGGACAUUUCUCUUACUGGAGCGAUGGAGGAUGUCUCCUGACCUCUGGCGGAGCUCAUCCCGUGAAAUACCACGGCGGUGUCCUUUCAGGUGGUCCAAGCUGUGGUUCGACUGCAGAUACCUACAAGGAACCUGCCUAUAAGGGACCAAGUGUCAUGAAAGUUGGUCCUCGAGGUGGUAUGGACCCACCAACUCAUGUGCAGCAGUACAAUGGUGUUGCGUGGCCUACCAUGAAGAUCACUGAUGACAAGGAGCACCACAUUUAUGCUAUUGGCGACUGGGGCGCCUUGAUAGGCACACACCCAGGACAAAUGAUCCAGUACAGAGGAGGACACACUGCUGGCCCUCACACCAUGGCAAGAUGGCGUGGGGCUUGCGACACCGACACCAUGAUGGCCUGUUUUGCUGGGGCGGCCUGCCCGGAUAGUUGUCAUUAUUCGCCGGAGAUCGACUAUAGAGCCCAGGUGAAGGUGGCCGAUGCCUUGAAAAAGAGGGCGCCAGAGACGAAACCCGAUUUUUUCAUCAACGUCGGCGACAACUUCUAUUGGGGCGGAGUCAACACAGACUGUGGCACUCCGAUGAACAAGAUUCACCCGGUCACUGCCCAUCAGUUCAAUGAGAUCUUUGAGCGUGUGUACUUUGGCCCAGGUGUUGAUAGCAAGCCAUGGCUUAGUAUUUUGGGCAACCACGAUUAUGGAGGAUUCCAAUUCAACAAGGGUUGGGACCAGCAGAUUGCCUACACUUGGGCCAGCGACCGAUGGAUUAUGCCAGGUCAGUACUUCAUGCAGCGCGUGGAGUAUCCCGAUUUUUCAGUAGAGGUCUUCAUGCUGGACACAAACAUGAUGGACUCUCAUCCGAAGCAUGCCGAUCCUAGACACAACAUCUGCGGCCAGCAGAACAACCCUCCGGGAGCCAGUUGCUCAGCAACUGGUGGCCCGAAGAACUUAGAUGACUGCUUCAGCUUCAUGUGGGACGUGUGGAGAGCAGAACAGAAAUGGAUCGAGAAGAAACUGAAGAGCUCGACAGCCGAUUGGCAGAUCGCUGCCACCCAUUUCCAGUGCGGGCAUCAG